AUGAAUCAAAGUUUAUUCGAGAAAUUUGUACAUAACUAUGAGUUAAAAUUAAAAGAGGUAUAUAGAAACUGUGAUACAUAUCGCCUUACUGAGUAUAAUGCAGCAGUCAAAAUCCAAGCAUGGUUUCGUGGUAUUCGAAUACGAUGCUACUUAAAACUUCUCGAAAAAUGUACAGUCAUCAUUCAAAAAACUUGGAGAGGCUAUCUAGGUCGUAGACAAUAUCGACUUGUAUUAUCUAAAACUGUUAUAGAAUAUCGACGAAACAAAUUUAGUAAGGCUGCAGCAAAAAUUCAAAGUGCAUGGAAAGGUUAUUUAACGCGUAAAUAUAUAUUCAACUUUUAUUCACGGAAAGUUUAUCUAUCUGCACUAGUUGAUGUGGGAGAAUUUGUCAAAAAUCAGUUGUCUGAAUAUGAAAAAGAGAUGAAAUAUGUGGAAUGUAAAGAAAAAGAAGAAAAAGAAAGGAAAAGAAUAAUUAAUUGGGCGAAAUCACAUCAUUUUCUGGUUUCAACAUGUUGUCAACCAGGAAUAUAUCAAAAUCCAAUGGAUAAAACACUAAAUGACAAAGAAAAACUUCUACUAUCAGUAGUUCAUCAAGAAUCAAUUAAAAGUAACAAUAAACGAGAAAAAAAAUUAUCAACAAAGCAAACAUUACAUCAAAUGAAUUCAAUUAAUAAAGAAUUUAAUCAAUUGCCAAAAAUUAAAGGUCCAUUUAAAAAUCUAGAAGAAGUAAAAAAAUGGAUUCAUAAACCAAUCGAUUUAUCAUUACGUGUAUCAACGGAUUAUUUUUCAUUAGAAAAAUUUCAACAAAUUUGGAAAUCUAAAGAAUGGAGUAGUAGAUUACAUGACAAUAAUUUCUACACUGGUCAUCCACCAUCAACACCAUAUGAACGUUCAUUAUGGACAACAUCUGUGUACGGCUCAAUACCGUAUGGUACAAAACAUUUUCGUGCAUCAGAAGAUGAAGAUAAUUCAGCAAUACAUAAACAACCAAAAUUUCGUAAUAUAUUACCACCGAUUCCAUUGUUUGACAAAUUUAAUAAAGAGUAUAUACCAGGUUAUGCGACAGGAUGA